AUGAGUCUCUUUCUAGGUACCCUUGUGCUCGCACUCAUCUGCCUUGCCGACGCUCAGUCUUUUCGGGGAGAGCAGAGGGCCCGUAAUCUAACUGUCAUCCACUACCCUAGGAACGUGACCGUCUCGUUCAAGGAACCUCGCGGCGUCUGCAAAACAGCCUUUGAUAGGCAGAAGCAAUAUACGGGAUGGGUCAAUGUUCCAAGCGAGCAUCCCACUAAUAUAUUCUUCUACUUUGUUCAAGCCCGCGAGAAGUCGGAUAGUUUAACGAUAUGGUUGAACGGUGGGCCUGGGGCCAGCUCCAUGUAUGGCUUCUUUACCGGGGCCGGCCCUUGCGAGGUUGUCGAGGCAGGCCUUGACCGGUACGAGACCGUCGCCCGAGAAUGGGGCUGGGACCGCGCAUCCAAUAUGCUAUUUAUUGAUCAGCCCAGCCAGACCGGAUUUUCCUACGACACGCCUACCGAUGCUACUAUAUCUCUGAUGAAUGAUACGAUCACGAUGCCCCCAAUCUACAAGCCUGGACAUAUCCCACCCUGGGAUUUAGUCAAUGGAACGUUGAGCAGCGGCAACCGUACAAAUGAAGUCAACACCACCGAAGCGGCGGCCCUAGCUGUUUGGCACGUUAUGCAAGGCUUUCUUAAAACUCUGCCUAAAUUCAAGCUUCCACUAAACUUAUCGUCUCUUUCUGUUAGCCUUUUUGCCGAAAGCUAUGGCGGCAAGUACGGGCCGAUAUUCGCAGAGAUGUGGCAGGCGCAGAAUCAAAAACUUAAAACUGGUGCUCUAGAUCGAGACUCGGCAGUCGAGAUACAUCUAUCAUCGCUCGGCAUCAUCAGUGGCUGGGUUGACAUUGCGACCGAAAUACCUGGCUACAUCCGCUUCCUUCAUAAUAACACAUAUGGUAUCAAGGCAGCAUCGAGUGAAGAAGCAGACUCAAUGCUGCGCAACUUUACCGCCAUUGGCGGUGAUAGGGAUUUGCUAGCCCAAUGUGCCGCGAUGGCUAGGCAAUAUGACCCAACAGGUACAGGCAAUCAAGCGCAGGUAAAUGAUGCUUGUACUAAAGGAAUGACAAUAUAUGAUCAAGCCAUGGCAAAGUACGCUACAAUAGGCAGAAGUUCCUCUGACCUAGCUGAGCAACGGGGCAAUACAUUUCCUCCGUAUUACUUCGUUGAUUACCUUAACCAAGCAGCUAUUCUAGAUGAGAUUGGGUCGCCAAUUAACUUUUCUACCCUAAACUUUGACGUUUACAAUAGAUUCUAUGAAACAGGUGAUUAUGCCAGGGGUGGUAACAUAGCCCGGCUCGCAAAACUACUCAACAGCGGAGUUCGAAUAGGGCUGGUGCAUGGCGAUAGAGACUUUUCUUGCAACUGGUUCGGAGGUGAGGCUGUCUCACUAAGCAUUGCCCAACAGGCAGAAGGCGAUUAUUCCAUCAAGUUUCCAGCAGCAGGCUACGAACCAAUCCGCGUAAACAAGACCUAUAUUGGUGGCGAGGUUCGCCAGUUUGGCAACCUCUCUUUCAGUCGCAUAUACCAGGCGGGCCAUGCUAUACCCUCAUAUCAACCCGAGACGGCGUUCCAGGUCUUCUCCCGCAUUUUAACAGGAAAAUCUGUCUCGACCGGUAAGGAAAUCAAUAUGGAUACCUUUGGCACAAAAGGCCCUUUACAAUCGACAACACAACUCAAACUACCAGACCAAACGAGCCCGACAUGCUUUGUCCGAGUAGCUUGGGCCACUUGCACAGACAAAAUGAUUCGUCUGGCCAAGGAAGGAGGCGGCGCGGUAAUCAAUGGUGUUCUGUAUAACAGCACACAGGAUUGGUCACCAGCUAGGGUGCCAGUAUCAACACCAACUUCCCAUUCAGCCGAGUCUGUCGGGAAAGGCCGCUGCAAAAAAAGUCGGCGUUCGGUCACGUCGCGCUUGUAA